UAUUGAAAAAGUUUUAUCAGCCAACGGGUUCACUAGGAAAUUCUUUAUUGGGGUAUUUGCUGCAAACUGUCUACCCGCCUCGCCUCUCCCUCGCCCUGCUGUGCUCGUGGCAAACGAGGAUACAGAUAACAUGGACGGGUCACAUUGGGUUACAUUCUUUUUACCUAAUAAUUUAAGUGGAGUGGAAUUAUAUGACUGUCUGGGUGGUAGUACUUCUAACCCUUACUUUAUUAAAUUUAUUGGUUUAAAUGGUGGAUUAUUGUAUAAUAUUAAGCAAAGAAUUCAAAGUGACACUUCUGAUGUUUGCGGUGAAUACAGCUGCAUAUUCGCAUAUUUGUGUUGUAACCCCGAGGACUCUGUACAGAAUUUCUUGAAAACCAUGUCAAGGCAUUGUAAUAAAAAUGAUAGGUUAGCUGUCGAAUUAUUUAAUCGUGUAUUUACUUGUACGGUUCAUUUUGCGCGAGCCUCAUUGCGUUCAGUACACGCUCAGACCUGUACGGCGUUGUGCCACGCCAACAAAAGGGGCUGCCCUGCAGCACGCUGAGGCUCUCCCCCCACCUCUCCACCCGCUACUGCAAGUUCUGCAGCGAUCAGCAAUCAUCCACCCCUGAGCACACCCAUAUAACGGGGCGCCGUCGACUCUGGAGCGCAUUGUGUUCCGUGCUCUGCUGUCGACACACCAACAAGAACCGCCACCGCCGCUCAGCCAGCCGUCAGAUCAACAGUCCACCCACCUUCUCUGCUCGACUGUAGUUCUUGACUCAUCUAUUGAAAAAAGAUGGCUGAUGCACCUGGACUGGACAAGCAGGCCCUAGCCGCGGCUUUCAACGCGAUCGCUGCGAGCCCCGAGUUCACCAGCAUUAAGGAUCUGAAGCCAAAGACACGCUACGAGAUCCGCUGCAUGACCCGCAUAUCUACCAAGUUCGGCGGGAAGAUCAAGGCAGAACUUAAAGAUGUGGGUGGGGAGAGUCUUUUUGUCGUGAUGCCCACGAGACUGGCUAGGCUUUCUGAUGAGCAGAUUGAUGCUAUUAAUGGUAUGUCUGUUGUUGGACAGGCUCCGUACUUUGUAUAUAACGGUACAACUGAGACGGGAACUUAUGAUGUGGAACUUGUGUUCGAUGAGUAGUUUUUGUCAUUGUAUGUAUGAUUCUGUUGUUAAAAUAU